CCAAUAUCCCCAGACUUUCCCCUCCCCCAAUGGCCUCAGUAGCUCGGUCGCUGGGCCGCUCGGCCUUCUUCCUGGCCCGGAGAGGGCCUAUCAUCACCCCCUUCCGCCAAUUCUCCGCGACGCCCAUUUCCCUCGUCUCAGAAGAUCCGCCCGUCCCUGAGGAGCCCAAGCGCCCUCGUCCGCAGGACCUGCCCCCGGCACCCGAAUACUCGCCUGAUUUCCUCUCGAAAGAGGAGCGGGAGCAAUAUGACUUGAUGUCUCCGGAAGAGCGAAAGGCAUUCGACGAAGCGAACCGUGCUCUUGUCUCCGAAUACAACGACCCCCAGGCCCGUGCCGCCAUGUUCGCCGAGCUCGACAAGGAAGUCUUCCAGAUCGAAAGAGAAACACAUAUGCGUUUCGAGGCCCCGAGAGCCCGAUCGAAUGGGUUCUGGGCGGAAGACGAACCGGAUGAUCUGGCUCUCGUUGAGGACGGCGAUGAGGAUUUCAACGAUGACGAAAUGACGAGCAUGGCCUACGCACAACUCGAACAGCAUCGUGAAAUCAGAGAAUACGCUCGAAUCGCCGCUUGGGAUAUGCCAUUGCUGAGCGAGCUCGCCAAACCCUUCACCCUCCCUCCCGAAUCUCACAUCCUCCGCUUCCGUUAUACAACAUACAUGGGCGAGCAGCACCCCGCCGAACCCAAGGUCGUUGUGGAGCUGUCCUCCAAAGAUCUGACCCCCAAAUAUCUCACCGAAGCGCAGCGCCAGACCUUCCUCAAACUCGUCGGUGUCCGCUACAACCCCCAAACCGAUAUUGUGCGCAUGUCCUGCGAGAAAUUCCCGCUCCGCGCCCAAAACAAGCGUUACCUUGGUGAUACCAUCAAGUCAUUGAUCAAGGAAGCGAAGGAGGGCGACUCGUUCGCCGACGUCCCUCUCGAUCUGCGUCACCACAAGCCCAAGGUUACGCACCGCUUCCCCGAGUCUUGGGUUAUGACACCCGAGCGCAAGAAGCAGCUGGAGGCCACUCGUGCUGAGAGACAGCGUCAGGAGCAGGAGCGGGUGGACGGCAACAAGAUCGUUCUGCAGGCGGCGCGGACCCUGCCGGCUUUGAACCCUGCGUUGAACGCAAAGGCCACGGAAGAGCGGGAGAAGGUUGCGGUGAAGGUCAAUGCAAAGGCUCAGAGGAAGAGGGUUCGGUGAGCUGAGCAUUGAGCUGUGAUGAGUUCUGGAGGAAUUCUAAGGAAACAAACACCACGCCUCACUACCACCAUGAUCGUUAUUCAUUUACGAGAAACGGAGGGAGUAUGUCCAUGUGGUAACCUGAUGUGUCUGUUUUCGAGGGUAUACUGUAGUAUUUUCUUUGACCUGUGUAAGCUCAAACAAAACAGGGCGGCGCAUAUUUCGCAAGGUUGUAUUAGACACUUUUAUCUUAUGCCAAUGUAUUAUAUCUCAUUCAUCGUUAA